AUGCUUUACAAGAAGGCUAAACGUUUGAGAGUAGCAUCUGGAAGAGAUGGCGGCGACGCAUCCUCAGACGCCUCAGGGAAGGACAAGGCUCAAGUCCGUCGAGCUCAGGUGCGGAAAGCCCAGAUCCAGCACCGUCAACGGAAGGCGAACUACGUCAAGCAGCUAGAAGUCGACAUUGCGGGCAUUCGAGAUAUGAUUGCAAAAGCAGAGAGAGACAGAGAGACAUUGAUGAACGAGAACGCCGCCAUCAGGACACAUUUGGAGAAUGUUCUAACACGGGCUGAGAAUCCAAUGUCAGGAGGAGAUCUGCCGCCCACAUACAUUCCCACUACUGUUCCAGAAUUUCACGACUUUGACUUGAACGACCUCACGCUUGACUUUGGCAUCGAUGAUAUCAUGGACAGCCCAGUCUUUCGCCUCUCGGGCCCAGGGUCAAACGCCGGCGAAGGUUCAAGUACGAGCGUGGCUGGUCAAGACCCGAGUCAGGCGAAGGCCAACUUGAAGGGCAACGAGCCCGAGCCACCGCCUUUUCCCACCGAUGUUUCGUGGCAAGCAUCCGGCCUGACGCUCCAGUCUCUGUACGGCCUCGCCUGCUCACUGAAUCCUUCGGACGAGGACUUGACGCCGGUCCAGGCUUGGUUCGAGCUCGCGAACCAGUACCCCAUGGCAAUUCUCCUGCGAGGAGACAUCGUUAAUGCUUUGAAACGAGAGUUCACAGGUGUCGUGAAAUGCCCUCACUACGGUGCUGUCAUUGAGCGGAGUGCAUUCGACAGCGUUGUCGACCGUGUUCUAGGCCCAGAGCUCAUGGUAGACCCAGCUUUGCACUGA